AUGGAUGCUUUUGAUACGGACCAUAAUGUGAUAAUAAUGAGGGCCGAUAACACAAAUGCAUUCCCAAAAAUUAAAAAGCUAUUGCGCGGCGUAGAAAUUCUGGUGAUCCUCGUCUAUCUCACGUCGGCCAUCGUGCGGCUUCCGUCCGCCGUCAAAUUCGCCGGAGACUAUUUCCGGCGGCUCGCGCUCUUUGUAGUUAGUCCUCUGUUCAUCUUUUUAAUAGGAAAUAUAAUAGUCCUCAUCCUCUUCUUCAAUUCUCGCAAUCAAUUACCUCAACAUGACGGCGAUGAUGAAAUGAUUGAUCGAUUAAUUACCGCCGAUUUCAAUUUUUGCCCUGAACUCACGAAGAACGUCCGAGGUGAACGGUCAACGCCUCUCGCUCGUACUGGUCAACGCUGCGAAAAAAAUGUUUUCCGAAACAAGGAAGCUGUUUCGGAGGUGAAAACCGAAUCAGCCAGUGAAGUUUGUCGACCGGAGGGAGACAAAGGUUGUAAUAAUUGUGGUGGUCGUCGCCGGCGGCGAGUAUUGGCGGCGGCGGCGGGCGGCGGCCGGCAGGUGGAGGGACUGAGCAACGAGGAGUUCAAGAGAGCAAUUGAAGGUUUCAUUGCGAGGCAAAUAAAUUUUCAUCGACAAGAGCAAUUGGCUAUUGUGGUUCACAGACGCGUGGGCAAUUGUUAUUAA